ACCCCUCUACGGCCACGGGGAGCUGCUGGGGGUGCCGGUGGAAGUGGGAUCCCUGGUGGGCCUGCGCCAUCCGGCCACCCUAUUGGCCCAAAGGAGGCCGGUACAGCGGGAUUAGCAGCGCUAGACGAUGCGGGUAUCGCUGGAGAUAGGAGGGACAAAUCCUCCAUUGACUGCGCCAGCUGGCCAACAGCUUCCGUCGCCGCCGCUGGCUCCGGCGUGGGAGCGAGAAGAGCAUCCUCCGAGAGAUCGAGCUCCUGCAGAGCGAAGGACGAAGAUUCCAUCGCAUCGUUGCUGUCAAGGGCUGACGGAUCUGAAACCUGA